UUUAUCCAGUCUUUAUUGAAUUCGCGCGAAGGCGAACACGUUUAAAAUGCGUCAAUGAUUUUAUUCAUACGUUCUUGAGAUUUAAGAUGAACGUAAUUCAGGAACUACUGUUGUUGAUUGUGUGUUAUUUUGUGUUAAAUGUGUUUGCUUCACCGGGAGGAAGACCAGAAAUUAUAUCAGAGUUACAGCCAGUGGUUGAGGCAAAUGACAAUCAUUCGUUAUUUUGUGAAGGAAACAGGCCUCUGAAAUGGACGGUGCCUAAAGUAAAAAAAGACAAACAAUCUUGGACCACAUUUAUCCCCGUGUCUGAGGAACCUAUAAACAACCAUUACAAGUAUGGAAGCAGACUGCAAAUUAUUAACAUGAGUUAUCCUUUUAUUGGUUUUUAUUACUGCCACUAUGAAGAUGCAGACAUAGAUAACCCUGAAGAAAGCACAAGCGUAUAUUUAUACGUUAAUGAUCCUGAUCAUUUAACCACUCUUGAAUUGAACAACGUCAUUGAGCAAGUUAUUGUCACUCAGUACCAAGAAGCUGUUAUACCUUGCAAACCUACUGCACCUGAUGUCGAUGUCACACUCUCAACCUUAGCUGAUGGUUUUAAUGUGUCUUUAGACGAUAUAAAUCAGGACGAAACCCUUUAUCGUUACGAUCGUCUCUACGGAUUCCUUACAAAUGACACCAAAAAUCUACACAUUGAUCCAGUGUUCGAAUGUAUGUUCUACAAAAAUGGCAUUAUGCAGAAGUCCAUCGUUAGAAUGAUCGUGGAAAUACCCAUCAGCCACUUGCCAAUACCACAUCUACAAGACCUGAGCGAGGGUCAUACUGUUGUCGGGAAGGAUUUAAAUCUGAAAUGUAAUGUAAUAGCGAAAAACAACGUGCACUUUCAUUGGGUAACACCAGUUCCAGUGGAUGAGGAACGAAUGCGUACUCGUAAGGAGAGGAAGAAUGACAUGAUGAUGGAAACUUUAACAAUAUAUAACACUACAAAGUCUGAUAAUGGAACCUAUUUCUGCAAUGUGACUGAUAAUCAACAUCACAGCUCUCAUGCUAGCCUGAAUGUUAAAAUUUUCGAUGUCAAGGAGCAUUUCCUUGUCGUGGAGGAAGAAAACGAUGUUUACUCCAUAAUAGCAUCCGCGGGAGAACCGUCAGUUCAGUGGAGUGUUGUAGUCAAGGGUCAUCCUAAACCUUCUGUAACUUGGUUAAACAACAAAAAUGAAACAAUUCGCAUGGAAAAUGGAAGCAAAUACGAAGCUUAUUACGACUCUUCUAAAAAUAGGGCAUUUUUAAAAAUUAAGAACAUCGAAAUUAAAGAUUUUGGCUUUUUCACCUUGCUGGCUAUCAACAACAAAACGGAGAAAAAGGAUUUCUUUCUAAAUGUAACAGAUAAACCAACUGUCGUGUUAGACGUAAAGCCUUUCCAUUUGAUUGACACCGAGACUAGAGUGAAGUGCUAUGCUUAUGCUUAUCCAGAACCAGAGUUCCAAUGGUACUUCAAAUCAUGUCAAUCCGUUGCUUGUAGUUUUAAGGAGAUAAAUGGAACAGUAUCUAAGAACAAGGGAUUUGAAUUCGUAUCUGAAGUAGUCAUCAACGCUACUGAGUCUGGAUUCCUGAAAUGUUUUGCAAGAAACUACAAAGGAAAUUCUUCAGCAUUUAAAGCAUUUUACGUAUCUGAUGUAAAAAAUGGUUUUGACAUAUUUGGUCUGGACAGUGGAGUGGACGUAAAUGAGGAAAAGAGAGUAGCAACAAUCGCCGAAGGCGACACGAUUACAAUAACAUGCGGUGCUUCAAAUCAGAAAUAUUCUGACGUCAAUUGGUUCUAUAAUAAUAAACUGCUAACGGAAAACGACAGAUACAAACUUACUAAGAGUAGUACCCAAUAUUCCAGCAAACUCGAACUAGAAAUUCAACGUGCAGAUGUUUCUGAUAAUGGAUUGUACAGCUGUAGAGUUAUCAACAAGAAUGGAGAGUACGAAUUUCAAAAUAUGACUUUCAAUGUGGCCAGUCCAGAACCACCAAACAUCACCAAUUCAACCUUGAUAGAUGAAAAGGCGAUGAACCUACCAGACAAACUAGUGUUAUAUUGUAAGGUUUCUGGCAUACCAAAACCUGUUUUGACCUGGUAUAAGAAUGGAAUUGUUUUUCAAGCAUUGGACGAAAAAAGGGUCUUUAUCACUGAGAGCAAUGACAAAAUAGUAUUUACCCAUACUAUAGCGCAAGACGAGGGCACCUACAAAUGCGAAGCAAGGAACAGGAUGGGAAGUAAACUGAAGCAACAGAUUGUUAAAUUUAAGAAUUUACCAAAAGCAGCUCAUGGUUGGCUCUUAGCUAUUAUUAUAUUGCUCAGCUUAGUAUCCCUUGGUACAAUAAUAUUUAUUAUCAUCAAAAUAAGGAAAGAAAAGCGAUUGCAAAGAGAACUGAAAAUACUGGGCCUUGCCAACUUUCAAAAAGGUGCUGUCGAAAACAUUAAUCCUGAACUCGGUUUGGAUGAGCAGGCUGAACUUUUACCUUAUGACCAAAAAUGGGAAUUUCCUAUAGAACAUUUAAAAUUAGGUAAACAAUUGGGAUCAGGCGCUUUUGGUGUGGUCAUGAAGGGAGUAGCGAAAAAAAUAAUAGAAGGUGAAGACGAAUCUACAGUAGCUGUCAAAAUGGUUAAAAAAAAUGCGGACCACAUUUAUAUCAAGGCCUUGGCAUCGGAACUGAAAAUAAUGGUCCAUCUCGGGAAACAUUUGAAUGUUGUUAACCUGUUGGGAGCCUGCACAAAAAAUGUUGCCAAAAGGGAAUUACUGGUUAUUGUUGAAUUCUGCCGGUUUGGCAACCUACAGAAUUAUCUCCUAAGGCACAGGGACAAUUACAUAGACCAAGUAGAUCCCAAAACGGGUAGGGUGGACUAUGUGAUUGGUCAGGAGUUUUUCGACAGGUCUUACUCAGUAUCAAGUGAUAAAAGUAAUGCUCAGUCUCCUUCACUCAAAUAUGCUGCAUUGAUAUUUUCCAACAGCAGCAACCAGGCAGUUGUACCGCCUGCUAAUAACAUGGGAGAUUAUCGAGCAAAUCCUAAUGGUGAUGUAUGCCCUUCUACGGAUAUGACAACGGUAUCCCAUGGUGAAGAUGGAAUAACCCUAAGCAAUAAUAGCGUCCAACCAGAUUGGCGGUCCAAUUACAAAGGAGACUACAAAGGCAACGUCAAACCUAUUUGUACAAAAGAUCUUCUGGCUUGGGCUUUUCAAGUUGCUCGAGGCAUGGAAUAUUUAGCUUCCAGAAAGGUACUUCACGGUGAUUUAGCUGCGAGAAAUAUACUUCUUGCUGACAACAACGUCGUCAAGAUAUGCGAUUUUGGCCUGGCAAAGAGCAUGUACAAAAAUGACAAUUACAAGAAAAGAGGAGACGGACCUUUACCAGUAAAAUGGAUGGCCAUAGAAUCUAUAAGGGACAGGGUGUUUUCAACUCAAUCGGACGUGUGGUCCUUUGGCAUAGUCCUUUGGGAAUUUUUCUCAUUGGCAAGAACUCCAUAUCCCGGUAUGGAAGCAGAUGAAAGACUAUAUCAGAAGUUGGUGGACGGAUACAGAAUGGAAUCGCCACAGUAUGCUCCAAAAGAGAUCUACAAAAUGAUGACUGACUGUUGGGCUCCUAAACCACUGGCACGACCUUCAUUUGAAAAGUUGUCAGAGCGAUUGGGAAGUCUUCUAGAAGACACAAUACGAAAGCACUAUAUUGACUUAAACGAUCCUUACUUGGUUAUGAACACUCAACGCCUUGGGGAUGGCCAAAGCGAUUAUUUGUCGAUGUUAAGUCCGCCCACGUUUGAAGCCCUUUCUUCGCCUCAUUAUGUGAACGAGAUGGUCGGACAAGAAUCACUGGAAGAUUCUGGUUACCUCAGUAUGAAACCCAACACCAUAUUCAGUCCACGAGCGGAAGACGGUCCGAUGUUCGACUUCAAUGUGAACAACCGCAAACACUUGAACUCGGAGGAAGGGAACACUAUGGAGAUGUUGCCGAUGUUGCAAAGGACUAGCGAAUCGGGCUACGAGACCCCAGUGCAAAGUCCUGUCACCCCCAAUAGCUUCUCGAACCCCAGUUACCACAUACCUCCAAACGUUGGGGAAGAAACCAAAGAUUACAGUAACAACAACAGUGAAAUAGUGAGGUCAAAGGACAAUUACGUCAACAUGCCCCAAAAUAAAACUUUUAUCAAGGACAAAGUUACAAAUCAGAACAAUCCCUUCAUAGAUUCGGACAGUGAAAAGGGCAAUGCGCAUUACGUGAACAGCUCCAGCAAGGACUGGGAAAGUGUCAAAGUGUAAAGCUAUUAUAUAUUUUAUAGUGUUUACAUUUUUUUUAAUACAUGUAACAAAUAGGAUCUCCAUUAUACAGGACAGAACCGUUUUUAACUUUAUGUUAAAAAGUAAUAAUACGUACCUGUAUGUCUUUGUAUAUUUAAUGUUACAAAGAGAAACUUAAAAGGUUAUAUUGUUGAAAAACUAUUAGGGUGAUUUAUUUGAACAUGAUGAAGAUAAAAUAACUGAUGUUUUGAUAUCGAAAACAAAAGGUACAGAUAUUAGAGCCCCCGCAGAUGUGCCGCCUCUGGAUACCAUUUGCCUAAAAUGUAAAAAAUAAACGCCGAAAUCAAACGACACGCUAAUUUGACAGAUCUGGUCACAUUGAACGCACUGAAUGGUACAAUGCGCUGAACUAAUAAAUGGGAGUUUCAAUAACACUUACGCAAUCCUCGGUUUCAUGACCUACAUCGAUAUCAGCUGACUGAAAUUACUUUACAGGCUUAACAGGCUAUUGAUUAUGUCUUAAAAAACAGGGUACUAAGGAACUACAACGUUGAAGGGUUUUGAUUG